AUGGCUAAUCUACCAACCCAACAAACUCCUUAUAACCGUCCUCCGUCUCCAAAUUUUCGUCCAAUGCAGAAUACUGAUCCCAAUCAACCGGUUCAGAGAGGGCCUUCUCCUUAUCGUCCACAACCUCCCGGUCCUAUUGGGGUUUCCCCAAAUCAACGACCUGUUACAGAUCCUCGUUACGGCACCCAACCAUUAUCACCUUUCGGGCGACCUUAUACACCUCCCGGUCCACCUAACCCUCAAACGCGACCGACUCCACCAGGGGUUAGUCCUUCGCCACCAUUACCUUCUGGUUUUCGUCCAUCGCCUCUUUCAAGUAAUAUUCCCCAUUCUGGCGCUCCCUCGGCUGGUCUUCCACCAGGAAUAAGGCCGUCAGUAUCACCAAGUUACAGGCCUGGACAACUACAACAAGGACAAAUACAACAAGGACGUCCACCUUAUCCGGUUCAGCAGACAAAUCCCAAUUAUCAAAUAAUGCAGUCGAAUUCUCCACCUCCAGUCGAGAAUCCAGUAUCACCAACUGGAACCUCGCCUCCGAUUGGGGCACAUAAAGCGAAGCGUUUAUAUCCUAAGCAAAUCAAUGAAGCUUAUACGGAAACCACACAUGAGCAGUAUCCUACAUUUACACCAGCAGCCACUGCUGGGAUAACUGGUCCGCAACAAGUACAACCUUCAAUUCAACAACAACCACCUCAAUUCUUUACCCCCGCAGGAGAUCAAAAUUAUGCAUCAAUGGCGUCCGUACCUACACCAUAUGGCCAACAAUUUUCGCAGUCACAACAACCGUCAUCAAUGGCUGGGAUGACGAAUCAGUUCAGCAAUAUGGGUCUUGGAGGAAAUUCUCAGACGUCUGUAACUCCUUCGGACAAAGCGAAUUGUGAUCCAUCCUACAAACGAUCAACUCUCAAUGCCAUUCCUGCCACAUCUUCGCUUCUUUCUAAAUCUCGUCUUCCCCUUGGUUUGGUUAUUACUCCAUAUAGAAGUUUGAAAGAGGGCGACGAUUCGGUUCCGGUUGUCACGGAUACUGUCAUAGCAAGAUGUCGUAGAUGUAGGACUUAUAUUAAUCCGUUCGUGACCUUUGUAGAAGGCGGACAAAAAUGGAAAUGUAACAUGUGUUUUCUGUUAAAUGAAGUUCCACCACAAUUUGAUUGGGACAUACAGACAAAUAAACAGGCUGACAGAUGGAAACGUGCUGAAUUAAAUCAUGCUGUUGUCGAAUUUGUGGCGCCGACAGAGUACAUGGUACGUCCACCUCAACCUCCAGUAUAUUUAUUUGUUAUAGAUGUUUCAUAUCCUGCAGUACAAUCCGGUGUUGUUGCAACGGCCGCUAGAACCAUCCUGGAAUCGUUAGAUCGAUUACCUAAUGAAGAAAACCGUACAAAAAUUGGUUUCAUUACAGUGGACACUUCGCUACAUUUUUAUAGCCUUAAUUCUAAUUCAUCGGUGCCACAAAUGCUUGUUGUGUCCGAUAUUGAAGAUGUAUUUCUUCCACAACCUGAUGAUUUAUUGGUAAAUUUGACGGAAGCUCGGGCAGUUGUUGAAUCUUUACUUGGAAGUCUUGGUGAUAUGUUCAAAGAUACUCAAACUAUUGGCAAUGCUUUAGUAUUACAAUCAAGUUUACCAAAUAUUAAUCCUGGAUCUCUAAAGACGCGUGAUGAUCCUAAGGUUUUGGGUACUCCUAAAGAGUCUUCUUUAUUACAAUCUGCGGAUCCUUUUUAUAAAAAAUUUGCAGUUGACUGUUCCCGUUCUCAAGUUAGUGUGGAUAUGUUUUUACUUGGUUCGCAAUACUCAGAUGUAGCUACACUAGGUUGUUGUCCGCGAUACACGGGAGGACAAACAUAUUUUUAUCCAGCAUUCAAUGCAGGAAGAUCAGAAGAUGCACUUAAAUUCGCACAUGAAUUUGCCGAAUUUUUGGCGAGCCCUAUUGCACUAGAAGCAGUUAUGAGAGUACGAGCUUCGAAAGGUAUGCGUAUGACUGCUUUUCAUGGAAAUUUUUUCGUUCGUCAAACGGAUCUUCUGGCUUUACCUAAUGUCUCAAGGGAUCACUCGUAUACAAUUGAAGUGGAUAUUGAAGAAAAUAUUACAACUCAAACAGUAUGCUUCCAAACUGCUCUUUUACACACAACUUGUUUUGGUGAACGUCGAAUUCGGGUACUUACGCUUGCGCUACCGGUAACCAAUAGUAUUAGUGAACUGUUUGCUUCUGCUGAUCAAGUUGCGAUAACUACACUAUUAGCAAAUAAAGCGGUUGAACGAUCGUUAUCCUCAAAACUGGAGGAUGCUCGAGACGCAUUAACUAACAAGAUGAUUGAUAUUCUUGGUGUAUACAAGUCGGCCCUCACAAGUUCCCAAUCUGGAGCUUCACCUCAAUUACAAAUUUGCAAUAAUCUUAAAUUAUUACCCUUGCUAUCACUUGGACUGCUUAAACAUGUUGGUCUCCGUGCAAGUUCGCAAAUUCCAACAGAUUUGCGUUCAUACGCGAUGUGUUUAUUGACAACAAUGCCCUCUCAGCUAUUAAUUCCUUAUUUACAUCCACGAUUUUAUUCACUGCAUAAUUUGUCACAAGAAUCUGGAACGUAUGGAACUGAGGGUAUAAUAAUGCCUAAGCCGCUUAAUCUUAGUAGUGAAAAAUUAGAACGGCAUGGUGCAUAUUUAUUAGAGGAUAGUCAAAAUAUUUUCAUUUGGAUUGGCAGACAAGUGUCGCCACAAUUAUGUAUGGAUUUAUUAGAUGUUCGUUCAUAUGAAGAAAUUCGUGCUGGAAAGGUUACUCUACCACAGCUUGAUAAUGUAUUUUCACAACGGGUGAAUGCAAUAGUUGGUAAAACUAGGGAGAUGCGACGUGGUGUUUAUUAUCCUCACCUUUAUAUAGUUAAGGAAGAUGGUGAUCCAUCAUUACGGUUGUGGUUUUUAUCACAUAUUAUUGAAGACCGCACAGACACUGUUAUGAGCUAUCACCAAUGGUUAGCUCAUUUGAAAGAUAAG